AUGGAAAAGCAAGCUCGUUAUUGCAGCCCUAAUAGUUCUUCUUCAGCUCCAAGAAUUGAAAGGAAAAUCACAGAGAAGAAUCGGAGAAAUCAAAUGAAACUUCUCUUCUCCAACCUCACUUCCCUCCUUCCUCACCAUACCUCCAAGGUUGAAGGAUUGCCGGUGCCGGAUCAAAUCGAUGAAGCAGUGGAAUAUAUCAAAAGCAUGAAAACGAAGCUCGAAGAAAUGAGUCGAAAGGACUCUCUAAAAUUGCCAAGAAAGGAAUAUUGUGAUCAAGAUCAAACCACAACGAGUAUCGAAAAAACGCCUCUUGUUGAAGUUCAUAAUAUGGGACCGAACAUUGACGUCGUUUUAGCAAAAGGGCUCAAAGAUUUUUCAACUUUUCACGAUAUUAUCCGAAUGCUUCAUCGGCACGAAGUUGAAGUAGCAAGUGCCACUUUUGCCAGAUGUGGGAACUCAACUAUCCAAAUUCUCCAAGAUAAUAAUAAUAAUAAUAAGGAUGGGCAGUGCAGAUUGGAUUUUGGAGGAGAAGAAAUAUUAAGAAAGGUGGAGGAGCUUACGACCGAGAUUCCUGCGAAAUUGGAAGUUGGCAUCAUAGAAUCGGGGCUUAUUCCCGAGAGAUAUAAUGUCACCUUUGAGGGACUCAGAUCGAAGACCAUUUGA